AGCGAAGCUACGAAGUUGGAUAGGCUCAAAUACUUGGACAUAACUUUUUGACUGCAACUGUAUCCUCAUUUUUGGAUAAAAUACUUUUGAAUGAUUUAUUCCAUUAAUUCAGAUAUUAUUUUACAUGUACUUAAAUCAGAAUGAAAUAAUCAUUCACUAGUUCCACAAAAAUAAACAAAAUGUAAAAAGAAUUAUUCCAUAAUAAUUUUGAUGAGAAAUACAUGAAAUGAUUUUAUUCCUUUUCUAUUACUUUCAUAUUGUUCCAGUCAAACUUUUUCGGUCAAAUUCCUCUUCUAGUUACCAUUUACAAGUUUAUGUAAUUUAUAAAUACAUCAUGUUCAUGGUCGACUAUUGAUCAUUAAACUAAAUUUCUGAAAUAUUUAAUUUUGGUUUGAUAAGAAACCGAAUAAUCAGUUCAAAAAAGAAAAACUGAAUAUUAGAAAGAGUAUUUUACAUGGGUUCCUUCAAAUUGAUGGUUACUUUCAUUCUUGUUGCUAUGACGACCAUUUCAUGUGAUUUUUUUAAUGUUGAAACGGGGAUUUUUGUGGAAGCUGCGGCUCCGAAAUGUGGACCAGAUUGUACUGAAAAAUUCUUAAAUCAAGACUGCUAUAAAUACUGUGUAGAAUUGUCUUAUAAAAACGGUGUUUGCGUUCUAUCCGAAGGAUUUCCUUCUAAAAUUUCUACAUAUUGGUGUUGUUGUCUAAAUUUUUAAAUAUGUAAUAGUCCUCUCUGAUCAAUAUGUUGUUUCCUUAAGUCUUUAACUAUGGUGUUCUCUUUUUCAGUGGAAAGAUCAAAUAAGUGUGAACU